UAGCGAUUAAACUUGUCUAUGGAUUAGCCCAUUACUCAUAUUGUCAUAUUAUUAUUAUUAUUAUUAUUCAGGGUUAAAGAGGCAUUAUGACGGAAUGACGGAUAGUGGCCGUACGUGGUAGCGGUAGCCGGUAGCUGAUAGACUAGUACUGACUUGCUUCACCGGACUAUCGCCCGAUAUUUCUCGUCACAAAUAAAAUCGAACGAACGUGACAUUUUUAUCACUGUUUUGUUAUUAUCGCCAUCGUCAUCGGAUAUUAUAAUUGUUACACAUCGAUUUUCGGCUGACUUCCAGAGUCCGCGACCGAGACCUUGGCCCCUGCAAUCGCCCAGGGACCACGUCCUGAGAUGUUUCAUAGCAGUCGGUGUAUAUCAUCAAUCGCUGUUGUAGUACUGCUGUAGUAACGCCGCGAUAAACACGGCAGUUAUGGAAGGAAACGAUUUCUAUUUUCUCAACAACAAAACCAAGACUACACCGAUUGAGAAUGACUACAAAAUAUCCAAUAACGUACUUGGACUGGGCAUCAAUGGCAAGGUGGUGCAGUGUUUUUUCCGUAAAACUGGUCAAAAGUUUGCGCUUAAGGUUCUCGUUGACUGUCAGAAAGCUAGGAGAGAAAUCGAUCUACACUGGAGAGCUAGCGGUUGCAUAAAUAUAGUCAAUAUAAUUGAUGUAUAUGAAAACCACUAUAUGGAACAGAAAUGUUUGUUGGUUGUCAUGGAAUGCAUGGAAGGUGGCGAAUUAUUUCAACGUAUACAAGAUCAUAAUGAAGGAGCUUUUACAGAAAGAGAAGCAGCACAUAUUAUGACAGCUAUUUGUUCAGCAGUCAAGUAUCUUCAUGACCUUAAUAUUGCUCACCGUGACUUAAAGCCUGAAAAUCUUUUAUAUUCUAAACCUGGUGCUAAUGGAAUUUUAAAAUUAACUGAUUUUGGAUUUGCCAAAGAAGUAUCACAAAAAGCUCCAUUAAAAACUCCAUGUUAUACACCAUAUUAUGUUGCACCAGAAGUUUUAGGUCCAGAAAAGUAUGAUAAAAGUUGUGAUAUAUGGUCAUUGGGUGUUAUUAUGUAUAUAUUAUUGUGUGGUUUCCCUCCUUUUUUCAGUAAUCACGGGCAAGCUAUCUCGCCUGGCAUGAAAAAUCGAAUUAAAACUGGACAAUUUGACUUUCCUAGUCCCGAAUGGAAUAAUGUAUCUGGUGAUGCUAAAACUUUAAUUUCAAGUAUGUUAUCUGUUGAUCCAUCAGUUCGUCUUACCAUCAAUGAAGUUGUGCAGCAUAAAUGGAUUGCAAGGUAUACUGAAGUACCCCAAACACCAUUAUAUACUGGAAAAAUGUUGAAAGAGUCCGAAGAUGUGUGGCCUGAAGUACAAGAAGAAAUGACCCGGUCUUUAGCUACAAUGCGUGUAGAUUAUGAUCAAGUCAAUAUAAAAUCAUUAAAUACUUCUAAUAAUCCGCUAUUAAACAAACGACGAAAAAAAGCUUCAAACAGUGCAUAGACUAUCUAAUAAUAUAAUUAUUUUCCAAAUUAUUUUCUAUAAACUGACCACUUCUUUAAUACUCAUGUCUUAAUAACUUUUGUUGGUUUUUAUUUUAUGUAUUUUUACCAAAAUUUAUAUUUGUAUCACUAUUUAUUUAUUUGUAGUUAAUUAUUAUACAUGUAAUAGCACUCAAAAAAAUGUAACAAAAAAUAUCUUUUUCUUUAGUGAAUCUUGAUAGAAUUAUUAAAAUUAUAAAAAAUAAUGUCAUAUACAUAAACAUUAGUUAAAAUAUUAAUAUAUAAAUUAUAUCUGACUUCAAGGAUAAGAAAAAUAAUUUUAAAAGAUUUUAAGUUGUUUAAAAAUAAUAUAGCUUGCAAAAUUUUGUAAAAAAUAUUAUAUUUUAGAGACAAUGAAUAAAAAAUAACGAGAUUAAAAAUCAAUAUUUAAACUAAUUAUAAUAUUUCAUAUUAUAAGCUAUUGCAAUAUUUUUAACACAUAAAAUUAAAACAAAAAGCUAUCACUCAUUUUCUAUCGAUAUCUAUUUAAAAAAACAAUUAAAUCAUAAAUGUAUCUUUAUUUAUUUGAAAUUUCUAAUAUUGUUGAUAAAAAACUAAAAUAUUUAAUUUGUUAUAAUUACCUUAGUGAAUGAAGACUGUAUACGUGUGAAAAUUAUUGCAAUUGUUUUCCACUUCUUUAAGUAUAUUUUUUAAAGUUUUUUUUUUUGCUGAGUUUAAUAUAUGUUUGCAAAGUUUAUCCGAGAUAUUCCACUCAUUACGUUAAAAAUAUGUUAAAGUGAAUAAUGUACAAGUAUUAUUAAAUGUAAACUGUAUAACUAUAUUAUAAUUUACUCGAACAAAUUAAAAAUAAGUAUACUUAUAUUGAAUUAUUAUGAAACAUACAAACUUUUGAUGCUUCAUUAUGAUAAAAUAAUAGACAUAUUAGUAUAAUUAAAUUAAAAUAAAUAAUAAUAUGUAAGAAUGUCUAUUCUAUAUCGGUUGUGAUGGAAUAUUAUUUUAGAAGUUAUGAUUUUCUAUCUUUUUAAUUGUAAUUUUUAAUAUUCCUGAUUCAAGUUUAUUUAUACUUCAUAAUAACAUAAGUUUUAUUUUGAUGUGUUUGAUGAUUGAUACAUUUUUUUAUUCACAUAUUGUAAAUGGUGCAUUAAGAUAAUGUUAUACCCGUCUUUCUAUUUUAAUAGGCAAUAUAGCAAAAUAAAAAUUGUGAUGUCUAGAAUAAUUUGUGUUGUGUUAUUUUGCUAUAUUGCCUAUUAAAUAAAUGGAGACAAAAUAUGUGGUAUAAUUUCUUUCUUAAAUGAUACUAAUUUUAGAAGAAUCAUGUUUGAAUAAUUACAAAAAAUAAUAGUGUCAUUCAUAAUUGACCAUUUAAUCAGUAGACAACUUUAAUUUUUAAUAAAAUGUAAAUUUAAGUAA